ACAGAGCCCCGUCACGUCACAGCUGCCAUACCAGAGCUAUAUGGAGUUACAGCUGCAUUUCCUGAGUCAAGCCAAGUUGCAGCUGUGUUUCCUGAGUCAAGUCGAGUUUCCAAGUCAAGUCAAGUUGCAGCUGUGUUUUCUGAGUCAAGUCACGUUUCCGAGUCCAGUCCAGUUGCAGCGGCAUUUCCCGAGUCAAGUCAAGUUUCCUUGCCUAGCCAAGUUGCAGCUGUAUUUCCUGAGUCAAGCAAGUUUACUGCUGCUGUUCCUGUGUCAAGUCAAGCUGGGGCUGUGUUUCCUGCAUCAAGUCAAGUCAGAGCUGCUCUUCCUAAGGCAAGUCAAGCUAAAACUGUUUUUCCUGUUUCAAAUCAAGCCAGAACUGUAGUUCCUGUGUCAAGUCAAAUUACAGCCACGCCAGAGCCACUGCACAAGAUGGCUGCCACGCCAGAGCCACUGCACAAGAUGGCUGCCACGCCAGAGCCACUGCACAAGAUGGCUGCCACGCCAGAGCCAAUGCACAAGAUGGCCGCCGUCUCCAAGCCGCUCCACAAUAUGGCUGCCAUUCCAGAACCUGUGGUCAGCGCCUGGACGCCACCUGUGGUCAUGAUGGCCCACGUGCUGGACACACCCCUAAUGACUGUACGGGCAGCUAAAGUGGCGCUCCAUGUCGCGUCGGCUACCCCUGAGUCAAGCCAAGUCACAGCUGUUCCUCACGAGUCAAGCCAAGUCACAGCUGUUCCUCACGAGUCAAGCCAAGUCACAGCUGUUCCUCACGAGUCAAGCCAAGCCACAGCUGUCCCCCACGAGUCAAGCCAAGUCACACCUGUUCUUCAGGAGCCAAGCCAGGUUACAGCAGGUCCUCAUGAGCCAAGCCAAGCUGCUGCUGUUUUUCCAGAGCCAAGUCAAGCUUCAGCCGCUGCUCCAGAGUCAAGUCAGGCUAUGGCUGUAGCUUCCAAGUCCAGUCAGGCUUCCAAGUCCAGUCAGGCUUCCAAGACCAGUCAGGCUUCCAAGUCCAGCAAUGUCAAGGCGGUCAUUCCUGAGUCAAGCAAGGUAACAGCCGUGGUUCCUGAGUCAAGUGAAGUCAAUGAUCUUCUCAAGCCAGUUCAAGUCACUGCUGGUCUUCACGUGUCAGAUCAAGUCACUGCUGAUCUCCAUGAGCCAAGUCAAGUCAUCGCUGGUCUCCAUGAGUCAAAGCAGUUCACUACUGUUCUUCACGAAUCGAGUCAAGUCACAGCCAAUCUCCAAGAACCAAGUCAGACCACAGCUGAUCUUCCUGAGCCAAACAAAGUUGUUGCUGCUGUCCCAGAGUCAGGCCACGUCUCGUCUGACCGCCCAGAGUCAGGCCACGUCUCGCCUGACCGCCCAGAGUCAGGCCACGUCUCGUCUGACCGCCCAGAGUCAGGCCACGUCUCGUCUGACCGCCCAGAGUCAGGCCACGUCUCGUCUGACCGCCCAGAGUCAGGUCACGUCUCGUCUGACCGCCCAGAGUCAGGUCACGUCUCGUCUGACCGCCCAGAGUCAGGUCACGUCUCGUCCGACGGCCCAGAGUCAGGUCACGCCCCGUCCGAUGACCCUAAGUCAAGUCACAUCUCGUCAGACAUCCCAAGAUCACGGCCUAUCAUGAUAGCCAGCGUACUGGAUCCACCACAACCUCCCGAUGCUGCUCUUCCUUUAAUGGCGGUUGCCAUUUGGUGUGUGUGGGCUGCACACUGUGCCCCUGAGGCCACGCCUGUUCACAAGUCAGCUCCUGAGGUCACGUCUGUUCCAAAGUCAAUCCCUGAGGCCCCGUCUGGUCACAAGUCGGCUCCAGAGCUCCCCUCACUUGGAGAAGCCAUGCCAAUGCCUCCUGAGGUGUCAGCCUUGGCUGUAGAUCCUCCCAUGGAGGCGGCAUCCCCCAAUAACCUCUCUGCUUCUCCCCUUGUUCUGUCAGCCUUCUCUGUCUCUGCUUUUCCCAGGUCCUAGACCAUAACGCGGUUUCCUGCUCCGUCCCAGCUCCCGCUUGGUCACAAGCCAGCUCCAGAGCUCCCGUCUGAUCUCAAGCCUGCUCCAGAGCUCCCGUCUGAUCUCAAGCCUGCUCCAGAGCUCCCGUCUGAUCUCAAGCCUGCUCCAGAGCUCCCGUCUGAUCUCAAGCCUGCUCCAGAGCUCCCGUCUGGUCUCGAGUCUGCCCCAGAGGCCUUCCCCGUCGGAGAAGCUGCGCCAAUGCCUCCAGAGGUGUCAGCGUCAGCUGUAGAACCCCUUAUGGAGGGGGCGUUAACCUCUAAACUCUCUGCUUCUCCCUUUCUUCUGUCUGUCUCCUCUGUCCCUGUUCUCCCCAGGUCCCAGACCAUGACGCAGGCUCCUGUUCCGCCCCGGAGGGCUGCUCCGCCUCCUGUUCCGCCCUGGAGGGCUGCUGCGCCUUCUCCCCCUAUUCUGUCUGCCUCCUCUGUCCCUGCUUUCCCCAGGUCCCAGACCGUGACGCAGAUUCCUGUUUCGCCCCAGAGGGCUGCUCCGCCUCCUGCUCCGCCUCCAGUUCCGCCCUGGAGGAGUCCUGCUCCGCCUCCAGUUCCGCCCUGGAGGAGUCUUGCUCCGCCUCCAGUUCCGCCCUGGAGGAGUCCUGCUCCACCUCCGGUUCUGCCGUGGAGGACUGCUCUACCUUCAGCUCCGCCCUGGAGUACGCCUGUGCCUCAUGCUCCGCCCCCGGCUCCGUCCUGGAGGGCCUUUGUGCUGCCGGUCCUGCCUCAAUCACCGGGUCCUCCGCAGGGACCUGGUCCUCCAGCCCACGCCCUGUCUCGCUCCCGCCCCACCGCUCCCCUGGACUGUUACUCUGUUGGAGCGUCUGGAAGCCGCUCCUUGGGGGGGGGCUAUGUCACAAAUCUGGUCUGUGUCCCAUUGUCCACUAACCACCAGAUGUCACUCUCGCAUCACUUACACACUCUGACUGUCACUAUGCAUCUCGGACUGCAUCUCCCAUCCUCCACCGCUCUGAUUGCGUCAGUCCCCGUGACCAAUCAGGCGUCCUAUAAAAACCCCGCUCCUCCUCAGUGCACUUCACGGCCUCAGCCUACAGGAAACUGGAGACCGAAUACAGCAAAUGGUCCUGGAGUCUUCACAGUGUCAUGAUGGAAACUGAGAACAAACUACUCAACAAAAUAGAAAAUGAAGCAAUUCAUGAGGUUGAGGAAACUGUUCUUCAAAGAGAACUGAAGAAGACAAAUGAAGAAGUGAAAAAAUCAAUGUCAGAAUUAUUUGAGAAAGACAAAGAAAGAUAUACUGAUUCAGUGGAAAACAUCGUUUGAAUUUAAAAUCAGAGAUGUUGAAGAAAGUAUUGUGAGAGAAACAAAGAGGAAAUUAAAUGAGAAUCUUCAGCAGCGAGAACUGAAGAAAAAGAUUGAUGCUCAGAGGACACAUCAUGAAAACACCCUCUAUGAAAAGAGCAAAGAACUUGCCUUAAAACUCAAAGACAAAGCAAAUGAUAAAGAAACACUGAAGAAAGAGUUUGAUUUAUUUUGGGAACAGUGGAUGAAGAAGAUCAUCACAGACACUCCUCCAAUCAGAGACACUGACAUAAUGAGAGACGUGAGAACAAUCCUCAGUGAUGUCUAUAAAAGUGCUCUUGUAGACCACAAGAAAGAAAGGAGAGAUAUUUUUUGUGUCUCAACUUAUGCAGAGUAUGUAUGGUUAAAAAGAUCCAGUGGACUUAAAGGAAUAUUCUCAAAUGUCUACAGAUCAGCUGUAGAGAGGCUUGGUUACAGUCUAUCUAAGGAGGAUGAAAUUCAAAUAACAUCAUUAGUUACAGAUGUUGCUCUGCGGACAGACACAAUGAUUCAGUCAUUUAACAUUUCAAAGAUGGGCUACAACAUCAGCUACAUCCAACAACUCACAGGUUACAUUAAAAGAAGAGUAACAGAACAUCAGGAAGGACCAGUGGAAUAUGAGUUCAAGAAUGAAUUCUUCAUGGAUUUAGUUUAUUCCAUCUGUACGAGAGCAAACAAGAUGAUCACUGACCAACACCGACUGUUCAGAGAAGCCAAUGAUCCUGUAAUAUAUGUUGAGAAGAAGAGAGAAGAGUACUAUAGUGUUUUCCAGAAAUUUUGUUAUGGAGCAACACCAGCUGCCAUUUUUGGUGAGAUCAUCUGUCAGAAACUUAAAGAGCCCAUUGAGCAGAGUGUCUACAAGAAGACUGCCAGAGAUCUGGCAGGUGAAAUGAGAACAAACUGUGAAUCACUGAAUGGAAACAGAUCAAAUCUGGAGAAACACAUCAUGAAGACACUGGCAGAAGAGGAAGAUUUUGACAAAUACAUGGACUACAUUCAUUAUCCCAGAGAUCACUUCAAGAGUUUCAUCAGAGAUGAAGUCAGUCGGUACAUCACUCAGAAGUUCAGUGUCAGUAUUUGGUACAAGAUGAAGAAGAACAUUAAAUUCCUUCAGCAGAAGAUCAUGGAAGUAGCUCAUGAAUCUACUGAACAUGUUAAAGAGAGCAGAUUAGAUGUUGGUUUGUGGUUGAAGAGUUUCACACAACAGCUCUCAGAUGAGCUGAUCUUCUCUGAAAAAGACCUCAGUGGAGUGAAACAUGAUGAUGUUGAUGUGAAACUCCUAGAAGAUGUCAUGAGGAAAGUGCUUCCUUAUGUAAUGACUGAUAUCAGCAAAAAAUUCAACAUACAGGCAUUUGAUGAUAAACUAAAUGUGAAGAACAAGCCAGAUAAGCUUCUGAUUGAUCACUUCUGUCAGUGCUGUUGGUUUCAGUGUCCGUUCUGUAGAGCCAUCUGCACCAACACCAUAGAAAACCAUCAUGAAGACCACAGUGUUCCUUUACACAGAGUGAGAGGAAUUAAUGGCACAUGUUAUCGCUUUACACAGAAUCUCUGUGCUGAUAUUUGCACAAAUUUAGUGGCAAGUGAUCAGAAUAUUUAUACACCAAGUGGAAGGAUUCCAUUGAGAGAAAUAAAAAUUGAAGUGCCUAAAUAUGCCAUCUGGCAUAUCAACCCUGGCCACUCAGUGCUGCCCUACUGGAAGUGGUUUGUGUGCAGAUUCCAGAAAGAUCUGGAAAAAUACUACAGUAGAACAUUUGAGUGUGAGGGUGAGAUUCCAUAUGAAUGGAGAACAUACACAAAACAGGAUGCUAUUUAGAGUUUAGAUAAACAUAUCUAAUGGACUAACUAGAGAAUGAGACUCUCGCCUCUCAUCCCUGAUUCUCCCUAGAUUGCAAAAGUGGUUCUAAUAAACUUAACUGAGACUCUGAAUUCAUUGACAGCUCAUCAGAACAGUGAUGCACAGAAUACAGUGGUCAGAUUUUAAGGGUGUGUUCACACUAUCACUUUUUUAUUCAUUCAUUUUUUAUGGGCUUUUUUUUUUUUUUUUUUUUUUUAGAUAGGACUGUAGAGAGGCAAAAGGAAAGCAUUAAGUGGAGAGAGGGGAGUGGGAUCGGUUUCCCAUCUUGAUUCCCUCAAGAUGGGAAUCAAACUUGUGUCACCGUGAGCACAGUUGCACUGUUUUACAACGGACUGACCACAAGACUAUCAGCCAGUGGCAUACCGUCCAUAUAAGCUGCGAAUACUCUGCAUACCUAGGGCGUCUGAGAGAAUGAGUUCAUUGGUUAAUUAAUAUAAACAUGCUUAUAGGUUGAUCUCUUGUCAUUUGGUAAUGUUCUGUAAAUCUACGUCAGUUACAAAAGCUCCCAGACUAGCACAUUUUCUGCAGCUGUGACACGUCUACUAACUGUUCAGGAUUGUUGCACAUUCUCAGUGUUUUGCUGGCAUGCGGCUGGUUUCAUGCAAGAGGUACACUCUUAAAAAUAAAGGUGCUUCACGAUGCCAUAGAAGAACCUUUUUUGUUUAAAUGGUUCCAUAAAGAACCUUUAACAUCUGAAUCUUCAGAUUCUAAAAAGUUAAAAAGGAGAUGGUUCUUAAAAAAGAACCUUUGACUGAAUGUUUUUUGUGAAACCAAAAAUAGUUAUUCUAUGGCAUCGCUGUAAAAAAAACUUUUAAAGCACCUUUAUUUUUAAGAGUGUAAGCUGUCCGCAAAGCAUUCACCCAAGUGAAAAAAUGUGCUGUUGCUGCCAGAUCUCGAUUGCUGAAAAUGACAUUUUGUUUGAUGCAAAACUAACCUGAGUAAAUCGAAAAAAAACAAAAAAAAAAACAAACAAACAAACAAAAAAAACCUUUGUAACUGUAUAUUUUUGUGCUUUCUUAAAAGCCAAUUUUGAAAGUCCACAGAAAACAUACAAUGUUGAAGACAUACGUUACUGUGGGUUAAUAAAAAUGUAUUUAAAAUUUAAACUAAUAACAUCAGACAUGAAACAUUUUGAACAUUUGGAAAUUUUAUUUCUAUCUAUUUUUUCCAUAUGCUUGUGUUGCUUACAGUUAAAGUCCUUUUUUAAUUUUAUUACUUGGCAAAAUAUUAUAAGAAUAUUUUUAUUUUUGGUAUUUUACGUGAUCUGUUAUUGGAGAAGUGUCAACUGGGUGGGAGUUUUAACUCCUAUUCA